AUGUAUGUGGGAGAUGUUCUUGUGGAAGGCAUAGAUGAAGUGCAAGGCAACGAGAUUGUUGCUUUAACUCCUACUGGGAAGGUGAGUGGGUGCAAAAUAGGGGCAAAUGAGGUUGUGCCUGCACCGUUUGUGGGCAUGGUAUUCCCUAACUUGGAAGCGGUGGAUAGUUUUUAUAAAAAAUAUGGGAAGCAGGAAGGAUUUGGGGUUGUGCGUUCGGGUGGGGCAUAUAGAAGAAAAGCAGGUUGUGAAGAAAGGAAGAGGCGUAAUACAAUAUGGACUUGUGAAUGUUAUGGUAGGCCGGAUAGGAGGAAACGGGUAAACGGGCGUAGGGUGGUGACAGAUUCUGUGAUUGAUGAUGAUUUAGCUACGAAGAAGUCAAAGAAAUGUGAUUGUACUGCCAUGAUGUAUGCUACUUGUAAUGAAGAAGGGGAGUGGGAAGUUAAGAAAAUACCACAAAUUCACGGAUGCCUUGCUAGGGAGAGGAACGGGGUAGAGGAUUGGGUAGUAACUGAACGUGAUUUGCGCAAUGAAGUGAGUAAGGUGAAACGGUUGAAACUUAAAGAAGGUGAUGCCAAUGCUAUGCUAAAGUAUUUCAACAAAAUGAGUUCUGACAAUCAAAAUUUUUUUAGUAUGCAUAGAUUGGAUGACGAUAUGACAUUAAAAGAUAUUCUAUGGGUUGAUGCUCGAAGUAGAGUAGCAUAUGAAGAGUUUGGAGAUGUGGUUUGUUUUGAUGCAACGUAUUUGACUAACGAGUAUGAGUUGCCAUUUGCUAACUUUGUAGGGGUUAAUCAUCAUGGGCAGAGUAUUUUACUAGGUUGUGCAUUAAUUUCUCACGAGAAUACGGAGACUUAUGAGUGGGUUUUCUCUACAUGGCUAAGUUGCAUGGGUGGUAAAAGUCCAAUGGGCAUUCUUACAGAUCAAGAUGCGGCAAUGCGGAAGGCAUUGCUUACAUCUAUGCCCGAAGCUCGACAUCGAUGGUGUUUGUGGCACAUAACUGAAAAGUUUUGCUCAAAGCUAGGCAUGUUUGAGAAAUAUCAAGAUAUUAAGGAUGAUCUUCUUUAUGCCAUAUAUGAUAGCUUAGAUCCUUCUGAAUUUGAGGAGAAUUGGAACAAUGUAAUUGCAAAGUAUGAUCUUGUUGACAAUGGUUGGCUUGGAGCUCCAGAACGAGGGGUCACGUUCAUCAAGUGCAAAGUAGUGGAAGGAUGGUGCAACCAAGUCUUGGUAUGUAUUGGAGCGGACUAA